AUGGAUCACGCACACCACGAGCUGAUGCUGAGGCGGCCGGCAUCGGGCCACGAGGCGGCGCUACGGUCCGUCCAGAAGCCGCCGUCCAAGCCGUGGCGCGCCGGAGGCCUGGCACCGGCGGUGGAACCCAGGGAGUUCAGGGACCUGGUGCAGAGGCUCACGGGCGCGCCCGCCGCGGGACUGCAGCAGCACCAGCGCGCCGCGGUGGUGCCCACGCUGCCCGUGGCCGUCCGCGUUGGCACCGGCGUCACCGGACAGGAGACGGUCGGGCAGAUGCACCCUGCUGCGCCGUGGUUAUCGUUCCCGCUCGUGGCCCCGGCGGCAGCCAUGCACCCUGGCCUCGACGGCAACCAGCUCGUCUGA